AUGUCCAUCGAAAAUGUCAAGCACGCCGAGGCGGUCGACGCAUACUCGCAAAGCAACCUCAUCUCCACCACCGAAGGCGAAGCACUGGACCAUGCCUACAGUAACAGCUCCAAGAACGGCAUUCCGGAAAUCGCGCUAUCCCCUGUGCAAGGCAAAUUCCUGAACGUACUCGCAACCAUGUCUGGAGCGAAGAAUGUCCUUGAGCUCGGUACGUUGGGAGGCUACUCGGGCAUCUGGCUGGCACGAGCGGUCAGCAAGCAUGGCGGAAAGGUCACCAGCAUUGAGAUCGACCCCAAGCGUCGAGAUGUUGCGACCGAGAACCUUGAGUAUGCAGGCGUAGGCGAUGAUGUUGAGAUUCUGCUCGGGCCCGGACUGGAAGUCUUGCCACGGAUCGCGAAGGAGAUCGAGGAUGGCAAGCGUGAGAGGUUUGAUUUCACCUUCAUCGACGCCGACUGGGAGAACCAAUACACCUAUCUCGACUGGGCCGUCAAGCUUUCCAAGAAGGGCAGUGCGAUUUAUGUGGACAAUGUGGUGCGGCAGAUGCUCGAAAGUGGGAUUGUUGGAGACGAGAAGCGGGAUCCUGAAGCCGACGACUUGGUUGCCUUGACUGGCAAGGAUGAUCGGGUGGAAGCCACGCUGAUACAGACUGUGGGAGCUAAAGAUUAUGAUGGAUUCCUGCUCGCUGUUGUUCGAUAA